CCUGACUACACAGUACAGAAUCCAUAGUGCUCAAAUUUCUCCUUAAAUCAACAAUAAGAAAGAGUAGAGUGUUUCAGAAGCUCUCUCUUAUUCACUAUGUUUUGCUGAUUUUGAUGCAUUCUACAGUAACAUACUACAACAACAAGAGAGGAAGAGGAACAUAGAGUGCACUACAAGUUCUUUUCUUUUUUUUUUUUUUUUUUUUUUUGCUUCUUUUGUUCAUCCUUUGUUUUUCUUUUUCCUUUUCCCUCUUUGGAUUUUUCUUCAAGUUUGAGACUUUUUUUAGAAAAAAUUAUACUCUUCUUAAAAUUUCUUCUUCAUCCAUAUAUAUUUUCUUAAAACUUUUUUUUUUUCCUAUUAUUCUUGGUGUGUUCUCAUUUUGCUCCUCUUCUUCUCAAAGGACAGCAAAAGUCUACCAAUCAAAUUUAAAGAAUUUGUGAGACAAUGCUAAAGAAGAGGAGUAGAUCAAUUCAAAAAGAUCAACAAAUGGGUCCAAAAACAUCAGAUGGUGGUUCUGGAACUAUUGGCCAAAGGCAAAAGACCAACACUUUUUUUAAUGUGCCUGGUCUAUUUGUAGGAUUAACCCCUAAAGGUGUCUCAGAUUGUGACUCUGUUAGAAGCCCUACUUCACCUCUUGAUUUCAAGCUGUUUUCUAAUUUGGGUAGUUCCCUUAGGUUCCCUAAGUCCUCUCAUGAGGGUCACCAAAAGUAUUGGGAUUGUCACAAGGUUGGGCUUGGAAGCAUAGUUGAUUCUCUUGAUGAUAAUGAUGAUGAUGGAAACCUACAUCUACAUGAGAAAUUUGAAGUGAUUCCACCAUCUAAUAGCAAGACAAUAUUAUUUGGGUCUCAAAUCAGGUGCAAAGGAACCCAGAAUUCACCCAACCGUGCCGAUUUCAAUGAGGCACCUAAGUCAUUGCCAAAAAGCUAUGCAAUUUUCCCUCAUGCUUGGUUGAGGCCUUCUAAUCUUCAAAAGGGUAGCUCUGAUGUAUUAUUUGAAAUUGGAGGAGACCCUUUAGAGUUUGACCCUUUCAAAAAAAUCCAGUCAUUUUCUUUGGAUUCUAAGAGGCUAGGGUCUGGAAUUUAUAGGCAGAACACUCGCAAUACCGAAUCAAGGAUUAAGCAACCUUGUUUUGAGAAUGGAACCAUUGAAAGGAGUUUGAGCUUCAGUUUGAUUGGAGAAAGUCCUAAUAACUCCGAAAACAAUUUGACUAUAGGUCCAAUGCAGUUUGUUACAGGUGACGACAUAGUUGAGCGUCCUAAACCCGAAGAUAUUGAGCUCUCAGAAGACUAUACUUGUGUAAUUUCACAUGGUCCCAACCCCAAAACCAUUCAUAUUUUUGGUGACUGUAUUUUGGAUUGUCACCCCAAUGGAAUUGAUAUUCACAAUAAAACAGCAAGCUUAGAAACCGGAAUACCUUCUUUGGAAUCUGCAUUAGCACCGCACGCUUCAGAUGACUUCUUGAGCAACUGCUACUUUUGCAAGAAGAAAUUGGAGGGUAAAGAUAUAUACAUGUAUAGAGGUGAGAAAGCUUUUUGCAGCUGGGACUGCCGUUUGGAAGAGAUCUCAAUCGAAGAGGAGCAAGAGAAACCCAUCACCGAGGCUCCCAUUGAAUCUCCGAUGUCCGAAAAAGGUGACGACGUUUUUGGGAAGAGUAUAUUUGUUGCCAUAUAGAGUUUUUUUACUAUGAAUUGUUUCCCCUAAAGCCAUUAUGCCCAUGAUUGAUGAAAACUGCCAAAAUUAGAACAUCUGAUAAUAAAGAGCUGUGUGUUUUGUGUAUGUAUUAGCAGCCUCAGGUGCUCAUUGUAUGGCAUGUUAGUAAAAGCUGAUUGUUAUAUUUCAUCUAUCAUGAUUCUAAUGACUUUUAGUAUUCAGAAAAUCGGCUGGCUAUAUUCCAUAAUCUAAAUGCUGAAUGGCUUGUUUUGCCAUUUUUGCUAAUGGGUAGUAGCCAAUCUUUUGGCUCGUCCAGUAACACGGGAAACAAUAACCAAUAAAAAGCUUUUUUUGUUCUUUCUUGUUUGGUUCAGUAGUUUGAAAGGAGUUGAUGUAUAUGCCUCCCAUCUGGACAAAUUAUUGAUAUUAUUGUCGUAGAAGUAGUAUUUUUGAUGCAAAACCUUGUUCUUGUUGAAGUUCUUAUCUUGCAAAAGAAAAUCUGUUUGAUACAUA